CUGAUAUUAUAUAUGAAGUAGUUAUCGAGCACACUGGUGGCGAGUGUACAGUUAUUUGUAAAUGACCAUUUAAAUAAUUGAAUGAUUUCAAGGGGAUGCAACACAAAAGGUUUAAAAAAUCUGCGAACAUACCAACCACUGGUGUGUUAAUUCGGUACAAACUUUAUUCUGUAAUAAAAUCAUUCUGUGUUGACCAAAUGCUCCAAUUAUUGUGAUGAACCAGAUGGACACCCAAAGCAAUUUAUAUCAAGAAGACGGAGAGAAUUCUAUGUUGGGAUCAGAAUUCAAAAGGAACAAAAUGACAACAAAGGAGGUGACACAUGAAAAUAGCGAUAUAGAUCUUCGACUUCAAGCACAAGAGCACAUGUACCGUCACACACUUACCAGAGAAAAAACAAAAGUUAGUCUGCAUGCACUAGAAGAAGUUGGACGUUCAAUAACUGCUAUAUCUCAGCGAAGAAGACAGUAUUUCCUAGAUUAUAAAACUUGUGACAGUAUUCGUCAAAUCAGGCAAUGGUUUGCCUGGGAAACCAAGAGAAAUAUCGACACAAACCAUGCACCGGAAGCAAAACCGGAAAAUGCUGCGACAAGAGGAUUGAAAACUUUUCUGAACAAGGUCGACUUUUAUGGGACGUUGCUUGCGAGAUUUGGAGAAUAUAUCAUAUAUUUUCUAUUGGAAAAUUACGACAUCGAACACGAUGAAGUCAAUAAAACAAAAGACAAAAUGUUAGAGCUUCAGGAUUUGUGUGCAAGACUGCUAAGUGAUAAUAACGAGGUUGUACUGGACAGUCCUAACCAUACGGAGGUUGAAAAUAAAUUUCCCGUGAUAUCGAUUUUGCGACAAGUGCACGACACACUUUGCCAGAUGACAGAUUUGUCCACAGUAUGGAGAAUGCAUGCCAGGUUCGCUGGUAAAUUCUCGAGUGUUGAGGAACGUCGUUCUCAACUACCAUCCGUUCUACAACUCGAUGAGAAAAAGGAAACGAUUAAGAAUUUGGAAAGUCGUAUCAGAAUCAGCAAAUACGAUAUAACUGAAGUAGAACGCGAACUCAGAGAAAGAGAAAUUUCAUUAGCUUCAACAGAAUUUCGGGAAGUUUAUAACACAUGUACCGACAAGAUAGAAGAAUUAUCCGAUGGCGCCGACGAGAAGAAAUUAGAGAUCAAAUCACUGGACACGACAAUCAAAUAUCUUCAUGAAAAAACUGAUACAUACAAGAAGAUGGUUCAGCAUAAACGCAAAGAAAAGCUUGAGUUCAAUAUGAGGAAGAGAGAAGAAAAAUUGAGGGAACUAAACACUAUAUUAGCGGAAGUUGCCAGGCUAGAAGAACACAAAAAACGACUUGACUUAAAAGAAGAAAUGUGGUUACGAGGAGGUUUUGAGCAGGAACUUGGAGUGAUACAAGAUUUGAAAAACAAGUUGAUAAAGUUUCGAAAGGCUGCGUUGGAUUUAGAGAAACAGAAAGAGGAUGAAAAAGAUUCCUAUUAUAAUGCAAGAAAACUGGUGAUGCAACUGGAUCAUGAAUUUGAACGACUGAAUCGAGAGUACGAAUAUGUGAAAAGAUUGUCGACUACUUUAUUGCCAAGCCAGUGGCGAAUAAACAUUUUCGACCAACUUUCGACAAAUGCUGUAAAGCCAAAUAGGGUUUCUGCCGAUAAAGCUUUAACCGAAGAUGCAUACCAGAUGUCCCAACCGAAGGGGGUAGCAAUGAUCAUCAAUAAUGAUGAUGAAAAAUACUCACCUGUUUCGCCCAGAUCAAUUACUCUCGCGCAAGACUUUUCUCCCUUGUCUUCUACCAGACCUGUCGAUCAACUUGAAGCAACGUCAGAACGGGCGAAUACUGUGGUAAAAUGCUUGACGUCUCUUUAUGCCCAACUCGGGUUUUACAUUAUGUCACGUUUCCAAUUGAGUAACGAUGCCAUGCAUCGCAAUAUGGCGGCUAUGUCUGAUCAGUAUCACACAUUCGCUUGCAACCUCAAUUCGUUAUUCGUGCUGGUAUCUUCUCAAUCCGAUGAAUAUGGUCGAUUACUCGGUACGGAAGACACAAAAGCAAGAAUUUCGACUACAUCUUACUUGAAAUAUUUCAGUCAUUCCGAAUGCCCGGCACUGGUGGAAAAGCCGAAGGUCUUUAUUUUCAUGCUUCGCGUAACUGAGCACGAUCCCAGUCCGCCAAUAAUAGACCAACAUACACAAAAGAAUAAAAGGAAGACAAACAAUCGUUUCUCCUCUUUCAAUUCGGAAGAUUCGUCUCAAGAUUCAUUCCAGCCCGAGCCGAUUGAUGUGUCCGAAUACGGCGAUGAUAUACUGUUAGUCCGUAUAAUGCAUCAGCAUGGUGGAGGAGCGAAGGCGGCUCCAACGUUCGGAGGAACUGCAACACCAAAUCGGGAUAAGUUACCCUGGCAUGUUCAAGUUUUAAUUAGCACGAUUAUGGAACAGGCAAGUUACAAAGAUUUUCUCAGUGUUCUGGAAUAUGUGAAAGAAGAGGUUGCUAUGGCACCCAAAACAAGAAUGUCACCGACACAAGCAAAACCAGAGGUAGAGGAAACAGAAGUUGAUAUAUUUAUUGAUCACUCUCUGAAGAAAAAAAUGUAUCUGAUGCCCGGAUUAUAAUUGUAUAUGAUUCUGCUAAUGUGGACAAAUUUUUCCUUACCACUCUGUAUAGCAUAGCUUCUAUGUUUAACGUUUAAACUAGAUUUAUGUGUAUAU